GUCGGCGUGUGCUAAUGUAUGUCAAUAUUACGAGUAGCGAGAAGCGUGGAUUGCAGACUCAGGUUUCUCUGGGAGAAGAUGUCCGUUUGCUGGCUCGUUAGGAAGGAUGGAAGCCACGAGCCAAUACGGCUACCUCAUCUCCAAACAGUGGUUUUAGGUCGGGGCCCCGAAACAAAGAUCAAGGACAAGAAAUGUUCCAGAGAGCAAGUUCAACUGAAGGCAGACUACAACAGGGGAUAUAUCAUUGUGAAACAGCUGGGUGUGAACCCCACCAGCGUGGAUUCGGUGGCCGUGGGCAAAGGGAACGAGGUGAAGCUGAAGCCCGGCCAGCUGCUCCACAUUGUGAACCAGUUGUACCCAUACACCGUCCAGUUUAGAGAGGAGGCCCCUGGUGCCAGCCCUGGCUCUGGGGAGAGGCCAGGCUCCAAGAGACCCCUCCAGCCCGGGUCAGAGGCGGGGCGCAUGGACGCUCAAGCCCCUGGGACCAAGGUGGCCAGGCCGGCGGGUUCUGAGAAGAACCAAGGUCAGCACAAAGACGGAGGGUCCAGCACAACACCCCCUCCAAAUCAGAAACCCCACGUUCCAGAGAAGAUGGAGAGUGUUGGACACUGGAGUCAAGGACUGAAAGCCUCAAUGCAAGACCCUGCAAUGCAGGUGUACAAGGACGAGAAGGUGGUGGUCAUUAAGGACAAGUACCCCAAGGCGCGCUACCAUUGGCUGGUUCUGCCGUGGGAGUCCAUCGCCAGCCUGAAGGCUCUGCGCGGGGAGCACUCCGACCUGCUGAGGCACAUGCACCGCGUGGCGGAGAGGAUGGUGGAGCAGUGCCCGGACGCCCGGCCGCCACGCUUCCGCCUGGGCUACCACGCCAUCCCCAGCAUGAGCCAUGUCCACCUACAUGUCAUCAGCCAAGACUUUGACUCACCUUGUCUCAAGAACAAAAAACACUGGAAUUCCUUCACAACUGACUACUUCAUAGAAUCCAAAGACGUCAUCGAGAUGCUGGAGAAAGACGGCCGCGUGGCGGUGAAGGACGGCGCCGGCGAGCUGCUGAAGUCGCCGCUGCGGUGUCACGUGUGCCGCAGAGAGCUGUCCACCAUCCCCCAGCUGAAAGAACACCUCAGGUCCCACCUGCCGGGGUGAGGCAGCGGCACCCGACUGCCGGAGAAGGAAACGGACGGCGGGUGGCGUGGCCCGGCGGUCCCUGAGACUUCCAGCAGGAGGUCGAUGAGCAGAACACAGGAAGAGGGCAGAACUCAUGGGCAUUCUGUUCCAUCUGGAUUUAAAGAAGGAUUCUAAGUCAUUAUCCUCAGCAGUGUUUUUGGAAAGGUCUUUUUUUAACCAUCUGUUAAGUAUAAUAAAUGGGGACUCAAGUUGCGCGCUUCCUUUCAAAUCAGUUGUAAAAUAUAGGCGCUUGAAAAUUAGUCAUGGAGUUCACACAUGUUUUUUUCCGCAGUAUAACCCGCACAUUCAGGCAUACUUUUGCUGCCAUCCCAGUAUCCCCAAAUCCCAGCAAAAUGUUACAGCUAAUGAAGGGCACCUGGACAGUGGCUACAUCCUGGUUUUAUACAAUCACAUUAUGUGUGAUUUCCCUGCCUAGCUGCUUUGCCCUGCAAAUUGUUUAGUUACAUUUGACAUUUUGUUGCAAGAGAAACUCUAUAGACUUAACAUUAGGGUGUACAUUUUCCACAAGAAUCUGAUCUGCCUCUUGGCCCCAGUAGCAACAAACAGAUAAAAGUUCAUACAGCUGAUGUUUGAGACUGCACCUUCCAGAGACGCUCAUUGCAAACCAUCCCUUUUUUGAUCUGGGGAACUACCAGUAGUUACUAUUAUAAAUGAUGCAAUAAUUGUAGAAUGUCUUAAAAUGUUUUCUUAGCUUGUGUUGCAGAAAGUAAAGGUCACAUGACAAACCUUUAUCCUGUUUUACUCAUUUUUGAAUAUUGAGGAAUUACUCUGACCCAUAGUCUUUGUUCACUGGUGGCCAGUGAGACAGUGAGUCAUGGUAAGAUUUUCCUUAUUUUUAUAGAUAAUUCUUGUCCCUUAUGAGUUUAAUAAAAGCUUAGAAU